GUCUAGGCUGGGGGCGUGUGUUCCCCACUGAGAGGCGCCGAUGGCGGAGCGGCGCGUAUCGCGCUGGUACUUCGGCGGCCUCGCGUCGUGCGGCGCCGCCUGCUGCACGCACCCGCUGGACCUGCUCAAGGUCCACCUGCAGACGCAGCAGGAGGUGAAGAUGCGGAUGAUGGGGAUGGCGAUGCAUGUGAUUCGCAACGACGGUUUCCUGGCGCUGUACAAUGGGCUCAGCGCCUCCCUGUGCCGGCAGAUGACGUAUUCCUUGACUCGCUUUGGCAUCUACGAGACAGCGCGGGACCGCUUAGGCCAGGGCAGCCAGGGGCCUCCCCCCUUCUACCAGAAAGUGCUGCUGGGUGCACUGGGAGGUUUCACCGGCGGGCUCGUGGGGACACCGGCAGACCUGGUGAACGUCAGGAUGCAGAACGACAUGAAGCAGCCGCCCUCCCAACGGCGCAACUAUUCGCAUGCCCUGGACGGCAUGUACCGCGUCCUCCGGGAAGAGGGCUUCAAGAAACUCUUCUCUGGAGCCACAAUGGCAUCCAGCCGAGGGGCCCUGGUCACUGUUGGGCAGCUCUCCUGUUAUGACCAGGCCAAGCAGCUGGUUCUCUCCACUGGGCUGCUGUCAGACAACAUCUUCACUCACUUCCUGGCCAGUUUCAUCGCUGGUGGAUGCGCCACAUUCCUGUGCCAGCCCCUGGACGUGCUUAAGACCCGCCUCAUGAACUCCCAGGGCGAGUACCGGGGAGUUACCCACUGUGCCAUGGAAACUGCCAAGCUUGGACCCCUCGCCUUCUACAAGGGCUUCAUUCCCGCUGCCGUCCGGCUCAUUCCUCACACCAUCCUCACCUUUGUCUUCCUGGAACAGCUACGCAAAUACUUUGGGAUCAAAGUGAGCACCUGAGGAGGAGGGACAGGCCCUGCCUCCCCCCAGGGUGAGCGCGGGGUCACCACUGAGACCCCAGGACCCCUCCACUACCUGAGCCAGUGCCAGUCCCCUGGCCCUCACCCCUGCUCCUGUGCCUUGCCAGUGCUGUGCCUGGCCAGUCCCAGCGUUUCCCUUCCUCUCACCCUGUUCUCAGUAUUUCUGUUACCUCUGGGCUAUCCUGGGCCCCUUGUCCCCUCUGCACUCUUGGUCUGGGGGUCUUUUGGCAACUUCCCACUGCCCACAAGUCCUGUCCAUGCCCCCCUCAGCCCCAUCCCUCCUGCCCAUGGGGCUAGGGGCUGGAGCCUACCCUUCAGCAAGGCCUCUGCUGGGGCACAGGUGUUGCUGGCAAGCAGCACGGGGAGGUGCGGGUUCAGCACAGCCCCAUCAUCCCACAGUGCCUGUGGCACCUGUGCUGCUCCCCUGGCCCCAGCACAGCCCCUGUCCCCCCACACUCCCCCGCUGCUCCUGCUUGGCCAAAAUUUGCCAGCGCUGGUGGCUGCUGCGUUCUUCAGGGAUUGUGCCUCAUACCAAUGAUGGGAGACCGGACCCUGGGGAGGGGGGGAGCACCCCAGCCCCUGCCCGUCUGCUCCCCUGCCAGCGGGAGUCCCUCUCUCCCGGCCCCUCCUCGGCCAGGCCGUGGCCCCAGGCCUGGCAGUGGGUGCUCAAGGACCUGCCACACGUCCCGCACCAGCCCUGGCCCAGGCUAGAGGAUCCGGGCUGCCCUGUGCCCCCCUCACCCUGCACCACCCUGCAUGGGGGCUGCAGCCCCCGGCCAUGUGCACCCCUGCGUGAGGUGCUCCCAACGGAUCGAAGAACUGGAAUAUCUGUGACCUUCAUGUGUAAUAAAAGGUGGAACAAGC